AUGGAAAGAAUAGAUACCUUACAGGUGAAUUAUGAGGAAAAUAACGUCCUCUCUAAAUGUGAAAAUGUAUUUUUGGAAGCGAAAAGGGUAUUAUUAAACGAACAAUUGGAUAAAAUAGCUAAUAUUACAUUAUCUGAAGUAAACAAUUCGAGAAAAACUAUAGAAAAUUGUAUGAAGCAAUGCAAACACAGCUUAAAUUGGCAAAAUGAAAAGUUUUGGGAAGAGUUACCUCCAAAUCCAAAAAAUCCCAAGAGCAAAUUAAAAGAUGUAUCCAAUAGAUGCCCUAUUAAUGAAGAAAUUAAUACCAUUAUUGGAGAUUUAGUAAAAAUAAAUAGAAAUGAACAUAUUAAUUUAAAACCUGAUGGGAGAGAUGAGUAUUUAACAAAAAAAUAUUUUCUUUUGUGGAAGAAAACAGUGAAACAUAAAAUAGAAAAGAAAAAGUUACCGAGAAAUACUCUGGAUCAAAAAGAAAAAUUGGAAAGAUUUUUUAAGAGAAUUAAGCAACAUACAAAACGAGAAAAAAGCUGUUCCAAAAAAGAAACGCUUUGCACAAAUAUUAGUCAGCAAAAACCCCCUUCACCACAAAUUUACGAAAAUAGGUAUAAAGCACAGAAAAGUAUCAUUAUUAUGCAGAAAGCCAAACUGGAGGAACAAAACAAAGUGAUUGAAGAGCUGAAAAUGGGCGUAAUAAGAGAAGAUCUAUUAAAAUCUAUUGAGAAUACAAAGAAUAAUAUUAGAGAAAUAUUUAGCAACUGCUCCAGCAAGGUUAAAUGUAAAGUACCCGUUGUAGUCAUACAAGAAACACAGCAGUUUAAGAUCAGAACACAGAAAGCUCCCAAAAUAGUCCAACAGCUGGAGCAAAGAGCCUUGCUAAGAGCUCAAAAAAGACAGUUAGUACUUGAAACAAAACGUUUGAUUGAAGAAGCCCGUCAAAAAAUGUUGGAAGAAGCAAUCGAAAAUAAACGAGUAAUGGAGGAAGAGGAGCGAAAAAGGAAUUUAGAAAUAAUUAAAGAGAGGCGUAAGAAAGAAUUGGAACAGGAGAAAGUACGGCAAGCCAAUAAACAAAAAUACCUGGAGAGUUUAAACAAAGCAAUCAAUUUUUAUAAUAAACUGACAUUGGCGAAGUGUUUUAAAAAACUGUAUAAAAAUUGUCAGACAAAUAAAGCCAAUGCUUUACUUGCCAAAGAACAUUAUGAAACAAAAACGCUAAAGAGAAAUAUUUAUCGUUGGUGUGAUUUUGUGGAAGACACUUAUAAAUUGAAGUAUGAAAUUGCUGACGCACAUUUUACGUAUACUGUGUUAAAGAAAACUUUAAAAAUAUGGCACGAGGUCCAUAUUGAAAAUAAGAGGAACAUGCAAGUGGCAGAAGAUUUAUAUGAUUUUCGCCUGACAAGUAAUACUUUUAUAUACUGGCACAGAUAUGUAUGUUCCCUAUUCACUUUACAAAGUAAACAGUUAAAACUAGCAGAAAGUCGUUAUAGGAGGAGAUUGUUGUUUCACUGCUUUUAUCUAUGGCGUUCUCUACCCGCAGUCAUUCAACUUGAGAAAGCGAAGGAACUGAAAAAACGUAAGUGGCGGGAAAAAGUGUGGGAAGUUGUACCCGAUUACAGACCUCCUGAAGACAUUUAAACACAUUUUUAAAGUAUACAAUACUAGUUUAAGUUUUAUAUUUU